UCAAUGUUAUUAAUAGCACUUACAAAAACAAAAGUUACAGAAAUAUUUUAUAUAACUUACAGAAAUAGAUUUUACAAAAAAAUAUAUUUUAUUGUAAACCAUUGAUGCCACGAUGGACCUACGACGUUGUCUUCUACAGGAUGUUCUGUGUCACGAUGAUAUCUACGGCGAUAAUUUUCACAUUGAUCCUGACAAAUAUUUUUAUUGACAUAGAUGGAUUGUUGACGAAUAAGAAAAAGGUUUUUCCUCUUGUGUCUGACGUUUCUAAUGCAAUAUCCAAGGUAGAAAAUUAUUUUCCACCAGAAGAUGCUCAAUCAAAUGUAUUCUAUGAUGAGAAUAGCAACUAUGAUGGGGAUUUCAGUCCAGCACAAAGAACAAAAAGAUCCACAGCAGAAACUGAAAACAUAUUACUUCAAGUCAGAAAUCCGCUGAUGAAAAAACUGAUAACAAGUAAACUGGCAAAACUUUUGGAGGAAAUGGAUAAAGAAGGUCCAAAACAAAGAGAAGACUCGCAUCAGGAUGUCACCACAGCGAAAGCGGAAGUGACGGUAACUGAAGUAAGCCCACUACAAAAGACCGUUGUUAGAGAGGACCUGGUGCAUCUCGCCAUGCAUAACAUUCUUCUGCAAGGUCUUGUAGGUCAUAUGGAUUUGAAUCACGUCUUCAAAAAGGUCCAUUUACUUUUUAGAAACAUCAACGAAAAUACAGCAAUCGACGAAGGUAAAGUUUUCGAAUCGCUAGUUGAAUCGAAGGAAACAACUGAAGCGGCCAUCAACGCAGGAACAAGUCGCACUUAUGAAGAACACAAAUUAAUUGACGAAAUUUUAAAUUGCAAAAAUUUACAAGACGUUGUGUCAGAACAUAAUGAAUGCAAACAUACAAACAAAUCUGAAACCUCACAUCGAAGAACAGAUAAAGAAGAAAAUGUAAUUAUAAAAACGAUUAUUGAAAUAAAUGAUUCGAAUACUAAGAAGUCAUCACGUCCACAAAAUAUUCAAGGAUUAAUAAAGCUAAUAUACAAUGGUAAAGCUAUAAAAAUUAAACAGUUAAACGAAAAGUUACCGGAUAAGAAGGAAACAAAAUAUAAUCGCGACAUUAAAGAAACGACUGUCAGCAGUGUAACCAAUAGUCCUGAGGUAACUGCUCAGGCAUCGACCACUAUUAAAAAUAUGUACAAACAAGAUCAGAACCCACUUAAUAUAGUUAUAGAAGAAUAUUUAAAAAAACAUCCUUUUCCUAACUUUUUUGAAGACGGCAGCGAGAUUAAGGCCUUCGAAUCGAAAAGACUGAAGCGACAGAUAAAAAUAAGAUAUUUCAAUGACGAUAAGACAAUGAAACCUAAACAGAUGCACAAUAAAACAAAAGCCAAAGAUGAUGAUCUGUAUAUAGAAAUAGAGACACACUUCGAUGGAAAAGGAGUAAAAGGUGAAAAGAAGAAAAAGUUAGUUAAAAAUCUUAUUGAAAAAAUACAGAAGGCCCUCAAUUCUGACAUUCAAAAACCACAUGACAAAGAACGCAUAAAAUUUAUAAAAAGAAUACAAGAUCCAAUUGAUUUUAAAGAACAUUCGAUUGUUGUAAAUAAAGUAGUCACAUCUUACGAACCGGUUGCGGAACGUUUGCUCGAUCCCAUUGGGAAGACUCUAAAGACCCAUGAAAACGUAAUAAAUAGAUUUGGGGAAACGUGGAAGAAAAAAGUAAGUGGACCUAGUUUUUUGACGGUUUCCAAAUCAGUUAACUCGGCUGAAAUGAGGGAACUGAAUAUAAAUUAUGAUGCUGUGUCCAGAAACGGUAUUCCUAAGAGAUUGCAACAGCCACUUAAUGCAGAGGUAAAAGAUGACGACAUCACAAUGAAAGCUGAGUCAAAUACGGGUAACAUGAGUUUAUUUUUUAAAGAUAUAGAUGGCACCGGUUUCUCUAUAGGAAUCAAUCAGUACGUUGGAGAACCACCCGACAAAGAUAGUAUGCGAAUAUUUAACGGUAUUGAAAGCCUUAUAAGAGAAUAUCAUAAAAGUUACGACCAUGGAGAUGUAAGCAACGAAUCUAAUAUUGAGAGAGAAGACAACUACGUUCAAAGGAGACAUAAAAUUUCAAAACGAGAUGCCGAUUAUCUGGAGGAUGAUUUAAAUGAAUACACCAAAGCAAUGGACACGGAUUACCAUUCAAAUACAUAUAAAAUGUUCAUGGAGGGAAACGUUAUAAGCGAAAUAAAAAAUGAUAAUUAUAAAAAUGUACCCAUAGUCAUCAACGGGAAAUUGCUGAAUAAGGAACUGAAACCCUCCGAAAUACUGACUCUAGCCAAUUUGGCGAAAAGAAAAAAACGCGCUUUAAACGUAAAAAAAAUAUCAAAUUUAAAAUCCAAGAUUAAACUUAACAGGUACAUUAACACAAAGGCUAUGGCGAACAAGAAAAUAUUCCUUAAGAAUAAAAGAAAUAAACGUGAAAUUCAAAAAAUCCGGAUCAUAGCAAGAGAUCAUUCUGAAAUACCCAAACAAUCGGAUGAGAAAAUAUUUUUAAUAUCGAGGGAAAAUACUUACUCUGAUAAGGUCAUAAGAGACAUUGAAGACCCAGAGACAGUUAUUGAUAAAAAAACUCAUGACCUCAACGACGACACAUUCCCAUUCGGAGACUUUUUUAGGAUGCAAAAUCCAGAAGCACAACCUAUAUUUUCCGAUAACGAAUACGAAACAAAAGUGCGUCCAAAUGUGGUUUUGUCCAAAUACCCUCACAUUUUUAUGGAUGACAUGACGAAUUCCAAAAGCGAAGAUUCUAAAGACACCUACGUGAAUGAAAGGACGACGAAAAGUAAACAGUAUAGAAUAAAAUAUGGUCCAAAACAGGUCAGAGCAAACAACAGAGUCGAAGCUACAACUGUAGCUGCUGGAAUUUUUGCACCAGACCAGAAAGUCAAUGACUUCGUGAAUGCUCUACUACCUCCGAUAUCAAGAGCUAAAUACAAAGUAUCCGUCAAAGUUACCCCAAAAAACAUCUCAACAAAUUCAGGAUUCAAAGAGGUCCACACCAGCGUCAACAAAAGCUUCGAUCAAGAUGGCGUAAGAUAUUAUUCCCUCUUGAAUGUUUCAGAAAUAUCCAAAGUUGAAAAAUUAAACAGGAGUGACAGGAAAUUUGAUCUUAGAAAUAAUCUCGGCAUCGAUAUUGCACAGCAACGGCAAAUGAAGACUUUGUUGAGAUUACACAAGAAGAGAGUGGACCAGCAGUUGAGUAAUUUGAUAAGAGAGAGUAAACAUCUCGAGGCGAUGAUGAAAGAGGACAGCGAGAUAAAUAUGAACGGAACUAUAAACAUCCUGAAGGGUGACGACGAAGACAAAGAUGGACUGAAAGAGGAAAAGAUCAAUAAAAUACUAGAUUCCGUUAAAAAGUUAGAAGAAACCUACAAAACUACAUCAUCACACGCAACUACGGAACCCGCAACAGACUCACCAGUUGAAAACGACAAAGCCAAACUUAUUGACACAAUAAAAUUAAACGAGCAAGUAACUUGUGAGAUACUGAAAAAAAUUGACACAAACACGAACAUACUUAAAACUUUCUUACAAAAAUUUGGCAAUAAGAUUGACACAGAGAAACACAGCGCGGAAAGAAAUUACGGUGGUGUAAAGUUAGAUAUGACCAAGGACUGGAAAUUAUACAACGCUAAAGAUCCAUUCUUUGCUGGUGAGGAAUUGAAAAAUGAUACAGUCCCGUUUAUUUACGCCUACCAACAACAGAUGCCUAUUGUGGGGAAAGACCAAAGUCUCGCAAGCUUGAUGUACCACGGUCACAUACACGCGAACUCGGUCCAAGACAUCAACCAUAAUAAAUUCAAGAAAGCAAAUAUAAAAGACACCAACAACACUGCUUACUUCGUCAACGCAAUGGACGACUUUAAUACUAAACCAGGACCCUUCGUAUCAGCGAAUAUUAAUAUAAAUACAACGAAUGCUUAGAAAUAAUAUUACUAAGAUAUAAGUGGCAAGAGAGUCGGAGUGCAUCACAUUUCCUAACGAUUUAAACAGCAGAUCAUAUAAAAAUGUUUAUAGUAUACUUAAUACAAGUUCGCGUACACUAAAUACGUUGCGUUUCACGUUAAUCAUUCUAUACAUAAUCCACGUUAAUACUAUAAUGUGAGAUUCAUGAAUGGAAAAACUAUUAAAGAUAAAACUCGGUAUGUACACGGGGUUAUCUUAGGCUAACUGGCAUCGUACGAUUAAGACUUUAGUAACUGCAAAGUUCAGUAAUUAUUUCAACUUUAUGUAAGUUUUUAAUUAUUAUUUUAGCUUCACGUGUAAUUUUUAUAAAUAAAUAUAUUUUUUUAACUA